AUGAGUUCUGAACAGGUAGGUCAAAGUGAAAGGAUGUGACAGGAGGAUAUCUCUUUUUGGCUGUUUGUGUUUUUUAUCAUUUAUCAUUUUUUUUUAUAAGGUCAAUUGAUAUUUGAUUUAUGAAAAGGGAAAAGCACUAUAGAUUUGAACUUGAACUUGCAGAAAAAUUGGGAUCAUAUUUCAAAAUGAACAUUUGAAAUUUUUGAAAAGUUCACGUUAAAUAAUAAAAUAAUGAUUUUUCGAAGCAAUUUUUUUGGUUUUCAUUUCAAAAAUUAGAAACAAGGAAAACUUGUAGUUUUCAGACUUGUUAGGAAAUCUUUUUGGAUAAAAAAGUGGAUGAGCUUUUCGCCUGAUUCGAAAAUGGGUUAGCUAAGUAAUUCAAACGGUUCUGACCAGAAAAUUCAAUUUUUUUUAAACUGAAUUCAAACACACUGUCUAAGCUUCCUGAACUUAUGAAAUGGGUUUAUGAAAAAAUCUCCGAUGUUAUUUUGGAAAAUUUUCAAAAUUAAUUGUGUAAGUGUCAGGAUUUUAUCUAAAAAUUGGGAAACCAAAUUUCGCUUGUCCAGGCCACCGAUCCAGAUUUUCAUUUGGUCCUGGUUUCAAAUGUAUAGUUUUUGUUGCAGAACUCUAGAACACAAUUGAUGUAACUUUAAUAGUUUUAAAUUAAUUAUGAGUCUAUUUUUCUGAAAUAGUUAAACAUGUCUUUCUUGUCUAGAAACUUAUCAACUUCCGUUGUGAACCCAUUUUAAUGGAAAGAUCACAAUAAUUUUCUCUAGAACUUUCAUUCCGAGAUAUCAAGAUGUCUAUUUUCUAGAAAACUUUCAAUUAUCUAUACUAUCAUCAUCAUAAAUCUCGCAACAUUUUUUCACUCUCAUUUCAUCAUUUCAUUCCGUUUUGUUUUAUCCGCCUGCCUUGUUGUACAUAUACCUGACCUAAAUAGUUUCUCUUUUCAUCAACACAUCCGAAAAUAUGUGUAUGUGUGUUGCAAGUGAUAACGUAACCUAAAUUUGGUAGUCUCCUCUUCAUCCGAAUCAGAUACUCUUUCUUUUUCUCUUUUCUUUUCUUUUUCUAAUCUUGAUAUCUUCUUCUUUUUUUCCAUUCUCAUACAUCCAUACUUUAUUGACCUAUUAUCUACCUUUUACUUAAUUCCAUAUUGUUUUUGAAACGGUUCAAUAAUAUUUUUACAGGCGGUCACUAAAAUCGAGGAAAUCGUUGAGAAACCAAAAAGAUCGGUCAAACAAGUUAAGCAAAAACGAACAAAGAAGGACGAGAAUCAGAAGUCAGUUUUAGUUUUUUCUUUUUAAAUUUAUUUUUUCAUUCCGAAUUAAUCUUAUCUGAAAACUUUUCAGCGACAUCCCAGUUCGUACCCACUUCCUUUUCUGCAUUCCAAUUGGAAAACCAAGUUUGCUCGGCCGAAAGGCAUCAUACACUUUCUCGACCGAGGAUUUGAGCAAAACUGGUGAAACUUCUUCAAAAAAGUUUUUCAGUCUCACACGAAAUCCCUCCAACAAAAAUGAAAAACAACGACAGAGAAGAGUAAGUUGCUUUUUUUUCCUCAAAAUCGGAAGCAUAAAUAAAAAUCAUUCAAUUUCCAGCUGUCGAACGUUCUCGCUGACAACGGAUCUUUCGAGACGCAGGAUCUACCAGUUCGUCACUGCUCUACAAAUCGCAUUUAGUUUCUCAUCAUUUCUUAUUGUUUGUGUUGUUCUUCCAAUGAUGUAUAAUCAUGUUCAAACUACAAUCGAAUAUGUUGAUAGAGAAAUGUCAUUUUGUGAGGUUUGUGAACUUCGGAAUUUUUUCUUUGAACAUAUAUUUGAAUCUAAAAAAAAUUUAGCGAUCAAAUGAUGAAGCUGCUGUCGAAUUAGCUUAUGGUAAAAUGCGUCUUCCUGGUAAUCGUACAGUUCGUGGUGCUUAUGGUGGAGGUGCUUCUCGAUUCCGACCAACUUCUUAUGGAGAUGAAUCAACUGGUUCACCACUUGAAACUGAAUGCCCAGGAUGUUGUAUUCCAGGUCCACCAGGACCUCGAGGUGCCUCUGGAAAUCCAGGAAAACCGGGUAAUCCUGGACUUGCUGGUAAACCAGGAAUGCCUGGAUCGACUCCAAAUCAAACUUGCCCAUUAAAUCAAGUUCGUGAGCCACCACCGUGUAGACCAUGUCCAAAAGGACCUCCAGGAAUCAAGGGUUGGCCAGGAUUCCCAGGAGAUGUUGGACCACCAGGACCACCAGGGCUUAAGGGAUUGGAUGGUGAAGAUGGCGCGCCAGGUGAGACUGGACCUGUUGGGCCACCUGGAUAUCGAGGAGGACCUGGAGCACCUGGAGAUAAGGGACCAACACCAGAAGGAGAUUUGAAAGAAGGACCACCAGGAGAUGAAGGAGUUCCAGGACCAGUUGGUGCACCAGGAAUGCCAGGAUUGCCAGGAAGAAAUGGAUUGACUGGACAACAAGGAGAACGUGGAUGGCCAGGAGUGUCUGGCGAAUCUGGUGAACCUGGAUAUCCGGGGCCUGAAGGACCAAUGGGUGGACAAGGACCACCAGGAGAGCCAGGAGUUUGUGUAUGCCAAAAUGUUGACAGUAUUCUUCUCAUUAAUCCAGGACCACAACCACGUAUUCGCGCUGAAGAUUACGGUAGAGAAGAUUACAGUAGCCAAGGUUAUGGUGGCUAUGGUAAAAAAUAA